AUGAGCCGUUUCCUGUCCAGGCUGGACCCCCGGCGGAUCCAGUGGGGGGCCUUCGGGGCCCGGGUCCUCCGAACCAAGCCGGUGGAGUCCAUGCUGGAGAACGAGGGCGGCACCAGGCUGGCGCGGGUCCUCACCACCUUCGACCUGGUCUCCCUGGGCGUGGGGAGCUGCGUGGGCACCGGGAUGUACGUGGUGUCAGGCCUGGUGGCGAAGGAAAUGGCGGGCCCCGGGGUCAUCGUGUCUUUCAUCAUCGCCGCCGUGGCCUCCAUCCUGUCAGGCGUGUGUUACGCCGAGUUCGGCGUGCGCGUUCCCAAGACGACGGGCUCGGCGUACACCUACAGCUACGUGACGGUGGGCGAGUGCGUGGCGUUCUUCAUCGGGUGGAACCUGAUCCUGGAGUACCUGAUCGGCACGGCGGCGGGCGCCAGCGCGCUCAGCAGCAUGUUCGACUCGCUGGCUAACCACAGCAUCAGCGGCUUCAUGAUCAGUCAUGUGGGAACUCUCAACGGCCUCGGUAAAGGUGAGGACUCGUACCCGGACGUGCUGGCGCUGGUGAUCGGCGUCCUCGUCACCGUCGUCGUGGCGCUGGGUGUGAAGAACUCGGUGGGAUUCAACAACGUUCUGAACGUCGUCAACCUGCUGGUGUGGAUCUUCAUCAUGAUCGCCGGGCUCUUCUUCGUCAACAGCGCCAACUGGGAGCAGGGACCGUUCCUGCCCUACGGCUGGUCAGGGGUGAUGCAGGGAGCAGCGACGUGUUUUUACGCUUUUAUUGGGUUCGACAUCAUCGCUACAACCGGAGAGGAAGCCAAGAGUCCCAACACCUCCAUACCGUACGCCAUCACCGCCUCACUCAUCACCUGUCUCACUGCCUACGUGUCUGUGAGUGUGAUUUUGACCCUGAUGGUGCCCUACACCCAGAUCGACGCCGACGCCGCCCUGAUGGAGAUGUUCUCUCUCAACGGCUUCUACUCGGCCAAGUACGUGGUGGCUCUGGGUUCCAUCGCCGGUCUGACCGUCAGUCUGUUCGGCUCGUUGUUCCCCAUGCCCCGGGUCAUCUACGCCAUGUCGGGGGACGGCCUGCUCUUCAGGUUCCUGUCCCACGUGAGCUCGUACACGGAGACGCCGGCGGUAGCGUGCAUGGUCUCGGGUUUCCUGGCGGCCCUGCUGGCCCUGCUGGUGAGUCUGCGCGACCUGAUCGAGAUGAUGUCCAUCGGGACGCUGCUGGCCUACACGCUGGUGUCCGUCUGCGUCCUGCUGCUGCGCUACCAGCCGGAGAGCGAGAUCCACGGCUUCGUCAACUUCCUGUCCGAGCAGGAAGCGGCGAGGAAGAAGGAGCGUGAGGAGAGGGACGAGGACGAGGACGGUGACGAGGACCAAGUGGACGGCGGCGGCGGGGGCGUCUCCACCAACACGUGCGGCGCCAAGAAUCUCCCAUCGCUGGGCGACAACGAGAUGCUGAUCGGCAAGUCGGAUAAGAGCAGGUCCGGCUACACCGCCGGUCACCCCAACUACGGCACGGUGGACAAGUCGAGCGGGAUCGAGUCCGACGAGACGGAGAACGCCUUCGUGCAGAAGCUGAAGAGGCUGAUGGGGCCGCGAUACUACACCCUGCGGAUUCGCCUGGGUCUGCCGGGGAAGAUGGACCGGCCCACGGAGUCCACGGGGCGCACAGUGACCCGCUGCGUCCUCCUGCUCUUCGUCCUGGUCUUCGGCUUCUGCUCCCUCGUCACCUUCGGCUCGGGGUUCAUCUCGGACGGACGCUGGUGGGCCGUGACUCUCCUGGUGCUGCUCUCGCUCUUCAUCUCGCUGCUCGUCUUCAUCAUCGUCCAGCAGCCGGAGAACCCCAAGCGUCUGCCCUACAUGGCGCCCUGCGUGCCCCUCGUGCCCGUCUCCGCCAUGCUGGUCAACGUCUAUCUGAUGCUCAAGCUGUCGGCCAUUACCUGGAUCCGAUUCGCCGUCUGGUGCCUCAUAGGGGUGCUGAUCUAUUUCGGCUACGGCAUGUGGAACAGCACGCUGGAGAUCACGGCUCUGGAGGAGGAGGCUCACGCCAGCACCUACCAGCGCUACGACCUGGGCGUGGACGACAACCUCGCCGUCGACGACGACUGUCGCCCCCCGGAGGACCGGAGCUCGCAGGACCGGGACGGGAACGGCGGCGGAGACGAAUCCUCGGUGAACAGGAAGUCCCGGAGCAGAGCCAAAAUCAAAACUGUGAAAAGCGACUUCGAUGCGCUGGAGGUGGACGACGACCUGGACCAACCGCUGGAGUGACGAACCAAAUCCAAACAUUCAAAAAAAAAAUAAUCGUCCACAGCAAAAAAAAAAAAAGAAGGAAAGAAAAUCUCUUGGGCUCGACGAUUCACGUUAAUUUAAUUAUAAACUCGUUAUUCUUCACACGUCGCUUCUAAUCACCAAUU